AUGCCACUCUGGAGGCUGGUAUAUGACAAUGUGUAUGGAAGCGAUAACCACCUUUCACUGCGCAUAGAGUGUUCAGACCCUGGCAGGAAAUACCCAAGUACCCCCCCGCCUUGGGACCCUCUCGGGCUCCGAGAUGAUUAUUCCAGCGGUUUAAUUGAUAUGGUUGAGUGGGAGAGUCGCACACACCAGUGGUUGAAGACCCAACAAGUCGUUGACAGGCCUGAGCCGAGUUUCGGCCCUGAAUCUGACAGGAGAGGCUAUGGCUGGGAAUCCAGCUGGCAGAGGACGCCCAAUAUAUCAACAGGUAAAAGUGGAGUCAUUGGGGAUUCGAAUAGCAUUCAGGUUAUCGUCAAGCUGAGCGCGCUCUACCUGACCCCGGAAAGCCCAAUCUGCAGCACGGAAGAUGAGUGGGCAUUGGACGGUGUUCCAAACGAACACAUUUGCGCCACCGCCAUCUAUGUGUUUGAUGACAACAACGUGACCGACACGAGGAUAUCUUUCCGAUCCAGGUUCGAUGGCCUGGAGUUAGAGCAAGAGUGCUUGUUCGACCCCGACGACACUCGACCUAUAGAAGAGGUUUUUGGCUUUACGCACAGAUCCCAGCGUUCAAGAUAA